AGAAAAUAAACGAAGCUGAUCCAUAGUAUUAAGCGGCGUCUGGAGCUUCAGAUGGGCUGCUGUCACACAGGAGAGGGACACUUACUAACUUGACAGCUGCAUUUUUACUUUUGCACGUGUUUAGUUCAGCUUAAUCAUUUCAAUAGAUCUAUAUUUUCUGCAGUUUUCAUGUUUUCUGUGUGAGGAAAACUUUUUUUUGUGUGGUGGCGGUUGUACUGAAAUUAGGGUUCGGGAAGGGGGGAAAGGGGGGAAGACAAAUAUAACCAGGCCGAAUGUUUAGGAAUGGCUGAAGAGAACAGCAAGGGUCACAGCAAUAAGAUAAAGAAAGCUACGGUUGCUGAGGAAGAGGGGAGUGAGGAAGAGGAGGAGGACGAGGAGGAGGACGAAGGGGAGCUGAGUUUGGAGAAGGCCCUACAGCAGUGCGACCUGAACCAGGACAUGAUCGACAUCAGCAUCUCCAGCCUGGAGGGGCUCAGGACCAAAUGUUCCGCUUCCAACGACUUGACACAACAGGAGAUUCGGAUGCUGGAGGUGAAACUUGUCAAAUAUAUUAGUAAGCAGUUACAGUGCAAGCACAAGGUACCACCCAGUGAGAGAAACUCUGAGCUGGAGAGAUAUCCCCGACUAAGUGACUGGUUCCGGACUAUAAACUUGAGAAAAGAAACAAUACGAGAAGUUCCAGGUGAUUUAACGCUAGACAUUUUGUUGAACAUGUCCGAUACAAAGGUCUGUGAAGCCAUGAAGAGGUAUGGAGCCAACCGUGAGGAAUGCUGUCGGCUAAAUGCUGCCCUCUCCUGCUUAAGAAACAUAAAUGAUUCAGGCGGUGAGCUACAAGAUGACACUGUUCUUUGGACUUCUUCAUCAGGGGAGACAAGACGAGAAAGCAGUACUGCACCUCCUUCAGAACUGUGGUGUCCUGUUGGUUCAAGACAGCCGCACAGUCCUUCCCCUGUCCCCAGACUAAUACCCUCUCCUCCACGUUCAAUAUCAGUUUCUGUUAUUCCAACGUCGGAAUCUAUAUGCUUGCCAAAUCGCUCAGACAAUUUAGUAGACCCCUUUUCACAGUCUCCUAGACCGGGUCGGCGAACAUCAGGGCCUCAAACUAUCACAAUUACGCCACCAGCCACUCCUCCCUCAAAGAAGAAACAUCGAUUUAAGCCACCCCGAACUCCACCGCCACCUUCUAGGAAACUUAUUCAGCUUUUUCCUGGUUUCUCUGGACUCACCAGGAGUAAAUCUCAUGAAUCACAACUGGGCAAUAGAAUAGAUGAAGUACCAACAAUUAAGUUCGGUAAGAAAAACAGGUUUUUUCUCAAUCUGAACAUCAAUGGCAGUGGCAGCAGCUGCGAUGAUAUUGCUACCCGAUCCCCUCUAAUGCCAUGCAGGCCUUUCUUUCCUCAAUCUAUUGGAAGUUCUCACUGCCUUCCCACAACGCCUUGUCCGUCUGAUGACCACAGUUCUCCUAAAAACACUUUACAUGUACCACGGGGAUCUCCUCAGAUGGUGCAAAGGGAUUUUGGGCUUUCCAUUACACAUAGGUUUUCAACAAAGUCCUGGCUAUCAAAGACUUGUCAAGUUUGUCAAAAAAAUAUGAUGUUUGGCGUGAAGUGCAAACAUUGUCGAUUAAAGUGCCACAACAAAUGCACAAAAGAAGCUCCUCCAUGCCGGAUAUCAUUUCCUCAAAUAUCAUCUAAAAUUCGAAGAACAGAGUCUGUACCGUCUGAUAUAAAUAAUUCUGUGGAUAGAUCUGCAGAGCCCCAGUUUGGCACUCUUCCAAAGGCGCUAAAAAAGGAUCAUGCACCAGUUCCUUUGGAUUCCAGCAGCAACCCAUCUUCAACAACAUCUUCAACUCCUUCUUCUCCAGCACCUUUUCAGUCUUCCAAUCCUCCCAGUGCUACCCCACCUCCGAACCCUUCUCCAAAAGGUCUCAGAGACAGGUUCAAAUUUCCAGCUGCGUAUUACUUUCAUCAUAGACAACAGUUUAUCUUCCCAGAUGUUCCUAGUCCAUCACUGCCUGUCACUUUACAGCCGGAUAGUUCUGAAGACACUAAUACUGUUGAGGAAACUGAACCAGAAGUAGUUGAAGAUCUGGAUGCAGAGAGUGAAGACCAUGUACUUGAUGAUGAGGAAGUUAAUAAAUCAGAAUCAGAAUGUGAGACGGAUGAACUAGAUGACUUGCCAAAUACCAGGUCACACUACAGGGGCCUGAUGGCUCGCAAGCCCAGCCAGACAAGUGUCUUUCUUCAGGAAUGGGACAUUCCUUUUCAUGAAUUGGAAGUUGGUGAACUAAUUGGCAAAGGGCGAUGGGGCAAAGUUCACAAAGGACGUUGGCAUGGAGAAGUGGCAAUUAGGUUGUUGGAGAUUGAUGGGAAUAAUCAGGAUCAUCUGAAAUUAUUCAAGAAAGAAGUGAUGACUUACCGGCAAACGAGGCAUGAAAAUGUGGUACUUUUCAUGGGAGCUUGUAUGCAUCCUCCACACUUAGCCAUUAUUACAAGUUUCUGUAAAGGGCGAACACUGUUCUCAUUUGUGAGAGAUUCUAAAAUCACACUGGAUAUUAACAAGAUGAGGCAAAUUGCACAGGAAAUCAUAAAAGGGAUGGGGUACCUUCAUGCAAGAGGUAUUGUGCACAAGGAUUUGAAAUCAAAAAAUAUCUUCUAUGACAAUGGAAAAGUUGUAAUUACAGACUUUGGACUAUUUGGUAUAUCUGGUGUGGUACAAGAAGACAGGAGAGAGAAUGAGUUGAAGCUGCCAAAUGGAUGGUUGUGCUAUGUAGCUCCUGAAAUAGUCCAAGAAAUGUAUUCAGGCAAGGAUGAAGACAAACUCCCAUUUUCAAAGGCGGGAGAUGUAUAUGCAUUUGGGACUAUUUGGUAUGAACUUCAGGCCAGAGAAUGGCCAUUUAAGAACCAACCUGUAGAGGCAAUAAUCUGGCAAGUUGGUAGUGGAGAAGGAGUCCAAAAUCUACUAGCUCAAAUUUCCUUGGGAAAGGAAGUGACGGAAAUUCUGUCUGCCUGUUGGUCUUAUGAUCAAAAUGAAAGGCCAACUUUUACUCAGCUGAUGGACAUGCUUGAAAAACUGCCAAAACUCAACAGGCGACUUUCUCAUCCAGGUCACUUCUGGAAAUCUGCAGAGUUGUCAUUCUGAAAAAAAAGACACACAGCAAGUAGUUGUAGCUGUUGAUGCAAAAUUUGGGUCUGCCUUGCAUGCGUCCAAUUUUUCUCCCCUGUGAUGAAACAACUUUGGCAAUCAUUUCCAUCAUUAAAUCUUCAAACUUAACCCUUGGAGACAAUGUAACAGUAAUGUUAAUGCUCCCAAGCUUCUUUGCCUUUGAGUUUUCUUUCUCUGGGGUAAUGGCUUCAAAGAUAACAUCGUUUACAGAAAACCAUCCUUCUUCAUACUAACCGAAUGAAUCUGAUUACUUGGAAGUACUUCAAACAAAAUACCUGUAACUGGGCUAUGCAUGGUUUAACUGACUAUACUAAUACUACACACAUGCUGAAGGAACAAGCGAAAUAUUUGCACUGUGUGUGGUUCUCUACUUUUCAAGUCUUUAUUUGACCAUUUCGCUCUUGUCCAAAUUUUUAUUUUUUACUUGCUUACACAAUGGCUGUUUCUAGAUUGAUGUUGAUAUGGCUUUUCUUUGCAGUCACUAUCCCUGUUGGGAUAGAAUUGGGAAAAGAAGUUAACCUGUUCUAUUUCUCCUGUUUCUUUUUCAGCAUUAAUAGUAGCAAAGGUCUUGCAAGGUUCAAAAGACUUGACCUGGGAAUUCUGGAACAGCAAAGCAAUCAAAAGAUUUAAUGGGGAUGCUCACGUUGUUUUCAUGGGUUGCGUUUUAGUGAUACUAUCAUCCAGUUAUGUUCCUCAAAAUGUUUGCAAAAAUGUCUAAUGGUUCACUACAUUUUUCUGCAACAGUUAAGCUGACUAGUGACCAAGUAAAGAAUAGGCCUAUUGACUAUUGGGAGAUUGGUUACCACUUCUUGGUAUUUUUUUUGUAUAUAGAAUUUUUUGUUAUUUCAAGAUGUAUACUAUUUAAGUCGCAUCACAAGAGUUGUCUUAAAAAUGCCUUGUAAUUGCUGGGGAUUUUACAAUUUCAGUUGAUCAGGACUUUCAUGUGCAUUUGAACUCAAUUUCAUUGUGAAAACCCCAGUUGAAACCACAGAAGAAUAAUCAAAUCAAAGAAUGGAAACAGAGUUAAGCCACUUACCUGAAAGGUUUUCAUGGUAAUUGGUGAAUCCUACCUGUGGAAAUGUUCACUAUUGAUGAAAACUCUAAAAGGAAAGUUAUGAACAGCUUGAGUAUAAAUCUUAUCAGAGCUAAGCUCUUUAUCCUGUAAACUUGUAGGUGGGCAAUGAAUUAAAGGUGGGGAACAAUUGAAACAUUCACAGUUUGAAUGCUUUAGAUGAAACAAUAUUUAACAUGCCGUUAUCAGAGUGCCAAUUAAAAUUCUGUGCAUGGAAUCAAAAUUAAGUUGAAAGAACCAUUUAAGCAACAGAUGAUGCAAGUAACAGAGAAGUUAACAGUACAAGAGGCCAUUCUGUCCACUGUGUCUUCUUCAGCUAUUCACGUGAGCAAUUCACCUAACACUGUUGCCCCUACCUUCUCCCUGUAACUUGCACGUUCUCCCUUUUGAAAUAAUGAUUCAGUUCUCUUUCACAUUCCUUAAUUGAACCUGACUCCUCUACACUGAGGCAGAGCAUUCAGAUCUAAACCACUCACUGCAGAAAGAAGUUCUCCUCAUAUCUCCAUUUUUUCUUUUGGAAAUUAACUCAAAUCUGUACCCUCUCAUUCUUGAUCUUUCCACCAAUGGGAAAGUUUCUUCCUUAUUAAUCUUCUCUAUCCAUACUCCACAUGAUUUUGGAUGUCUCUCUUCCUUCUCGUUCAUUGAUAUCCAUGCCAGCUUCUUAUUUCGAUCUAUGUAAUUGAAUUCCUUGUUCCUGGAACCACCCUAGGGAAUUUCUCUUUCGUUUCUUCACAAAUGGAUGGAGUGCAACAAUGGAUUCCAUUGUUGAGGCUAACCAGUGUUUUAACUUGAUUCCCUUGCUCUUGCUAUCUAUGCCCUUGUUAGUAGAGCCUAGAAUACUGUAUGCUUUAUCCACUGUUGUGUGUCUGUCCUGCAUGACUUGUGCACAAAAUAACCCAGGCCCCUCAAUCCUGCACUCUUUUAGAACUGUAUUUCAUUUUUGGUAUUCUGUCUGUGUUCUUCCUAGCAAAUGUAUCACUUCAGAGUUGACUUCAUUGAACUUUGUUUGCCAUUCCUCUGGCCAUUCCAUCAACUUGUCUCUGAUUUUGCUCCUCACAGCUUGCAACGUUUCCAAGUUAUGUCAUCUACAAAUUUUGAAAUGCUGCCCUGAAUUAAGUUCAUUGACAUAAUGGGAUCGUACAGCACGGAAGCAGACCUUUCGGUCCAACUUGUCAGCUGUCCCAUUCUGACUGGGUCCCAUAUGCCAUCAUAUGGCCCAUAUCCCUCUAAACCCUUAAUAAUCACUUGCGUAUCCAGAUGUCUUUUUAAAUGUUGUAGUUAUACCAGCCUCCACCAUUUCCUUUGGCACCUCAUUCCAUGCAAACACCACCCUCUGCAUGAAAAAGUAACUCUUGAAUCCUUUUUAAAUUUUUCCCCUCUUACCUGUAACCUAUGUCCUCUAGUUUUUGACUGCCCCAACCUAGGAGAAAGGCCUUGCCUAUUCACCUUAUCCAUGCCCCUAAUGAUUUUAUAAACCUCUAUAAGGUCACCCCUCACCCUCCAAUGCUCCAGGGGGAAGAAGCCUCGGUCUAUUCAGCCUCUCCAUAUAUUUCAAACCUUCCAGUUCUGGAAACAUGCUUGAAAAUCUUUUCUACAUCCUCAAAUUUUAUAACUAUAGAAGGACGACCAGAAUUGUACACAGUAUUUCCAAAAGAACAAGUGGUUGAACAGUGACGCCGGGGAAGCUUGGUUACCAAACUUCCUCCAGUCCAAUGAACGUCCACUAACAACUACACUGUCUGCUGUCACUCAGCCAGUUUUGCAUCUCUGCUGGUAUUCAUUUUUACUUCAUAGCUUUGGUCCAUCUGUAAAUUUUCUUUGUAGCUGGAGGUGGGGCUGAGGAGGAUGGUAGGCUUGGUGCCUGGAUAUUGUAUAUUGAAUGACAAUUUUAAAUUUAUUUGCAGCACUUUAUACACACAGGUAUUUAUUGACAGCACUAUGUUUUGUGCCUGUGUCAAGAAAGUCUACACAAAAGAUUCUACUUCGAUCAAGCAUAGCAUAGUGAAAAUGUAUUUGAAAUGCUUUCAGUGGAAUGUUGUACUGGUUGCAGCAUUAUCUGUUGCUAAUUGUAUUGCCUGUGUUCUAUUCAACCAUUGUUACUUUCAAAUCCCAUGUGAGCAUAUUGACCAAAGAUUGCUAUUUUGAUGCAGUCUAAUUAGAUUACUUUUUUAGUUACUAAAUGGUAAGAAAAUUUACGUGCGCAACUCCAAAAAAAUUCUGAAGGUCUAUUAUCCUUUCAAGUGCAGAUAUUACAAGAAGAGAAAAUGGAAGAAAAAUAUUCUGGCUAGACCCCUUUUGCUCUGUUAGUGCAGACACAAGAUAAUUAUAUUUGAGACAUAGACUUUGUUUUCGUUGUUUUAUUUUGUGUCCCUUGGGAACUACAUAUGACCAAGAAUAAUUGGAUUUUAUUUAUUGUUUGAAUCCUUGAAAUGAUCCUUUAUCUCAUUCUGCCCUCGUUCCCAGUCACUCCCCCACAGGGGCAGAGGAGAGAGAGAGAGAGAGAGAGAGCUUGAGAAAUCCCUUGUUUGACUUUUUGUGUUGCCCAAUUUGUACUUUUUUUCUAAAGAUUGGCUGAUUGGCUGACAAACACAAGAUUAUUUUACACUGGGACCCUGAGCUCGGAGAUCUGACCUUUUAGAAGGCUCUGCAUCACAGUGAACUAUUUGGGUCAUGGAGUUGAGCCUUUUUGUAUUUAUCAUGCACACAAUGUUCUUUUCAAGCAGCCUACAUUUGAUUCAAGUGUCCAGAAAAAGCCCUGCAGUAAUCGGAUCCUGCAUCUUUGGCUUUGGACUGAUGCUAAGGACCACUUUGUAAAUAGAGCCGCAUUCUGAGUGUUUACAUACAAACUAAUUUCUUGGUAAUGUGAAACAGAAAAUUGUUUUAAUGUUUUUCGUAGAUUUUUGGACUACAAAAGAAAUGGUAAUUAGAAAGAGACGCCGUAUUAUGACUAAUCUGCCAUGAAGACCACAGAUUCUCUAGUGUUUGCAUGAAUUUUUUGGUUUGGAUGAGACUUGUAUUGAAAUGUGUAUGUAACUGAGGCAAUCGAUUAUAUCUUUAAUAAUUUAGAUUUUAUAGUAUGUUUGUUAGACUUGUAAAAACCUUUCAUAAAUUUAGGGGGCGUAUUUAUGCAAAUCUUGUAACCGUACCUGGAUGGUAUGGGUGGAAAUACAACUAAGUCGGUGAACUGAACAAAUGCAGUUUCCCUCUGUGAAGGGCGAUAUAAAAAUACCAAUCAAAAUAACAUCUGAAUUAAAUCUAACUGUUUUUUUAAUUA